AUGGAGAAAACCUUGGACCAUUACAAGAGCAAUGGAAGCGCAUGGGACUUUGUUGGCCGUGAUUUGAGUAGAGUCCGCCCCGAACCUGGUCGCAUUUUCCCUGAGAAGGAGAUAAAGAGAGAGGAUGAGAACUUGCAGAACUUCUUAACGCAGCACAAUGCAUAUAUGGAGGCCAAGCAGGAGAAUGCAGCAAGGGAGAAUGGGUCACAGGAUGAAGGAGAGAUGGACAACGAGAUUCAAAAUAUCCAGCUUGAAUCCUGA